AUGUGGCUUCCCAGCAAGGACAAUGCACUCGCUGACGCCUUGUCUCGUCAUCAGUGGCCCGAGGUUUGUCGCCUCGACCGCCCGGCCUUCUGGGCAGCCCUGCGGUGGCGUGCUCAGCGUUCCUCUCCGUGUAUCUAUAUCCCAAUCAUUCGCUGCACCCCCUCGCGCCUUGAUCAUCGACUGGCGAUGUCUACGCCUACCCCUGUCACCAUCCCCGGCAGCACUGGUCUCACCGGCUCCGAGACUUCAGGCCCUCCUCACCUCCUCAAACCCCUUCUCCAUCACCACCGCCACCCGCCGCCCCAUCCCUUCCCCCUUCCCCAAAUGCAAACCCACAAACGCCCAAACAGUCCUCGACGAACGAAUCUAUCCCUCGUUCUUCGUUGCUCCCGCCGAUACUGCCCGAGAAAAGCUCGUACAAGAGGGCGGAGUGUAUAUGUCGUGCCGGCAACGACGAGGGUGAAUGGGAAGAAAGACCAGGAGAAGGUGGAUUCGGAGCUCAAUCGGGAUCUUGUUACUAGAGCCAAAGCCGACGGCGCCAGAACAGUGUCACCUUCGACGGACGUGAAACUGACGAUCCCCAGGCUAUCCUCGUAUCUGACUCUCACGCAUUCCCCCGACUCGUCUUUCUUCCACCUCCGCAUAAAAGGCCAGCUCGAAGAACACUUUGCCACCCUCGGCUUCGACCAUGUCGUUAUCCUCAAGCUGGGGAUGUUGCUUGGCCCCAGGGAGCAAGUGGAUUGA